CCCGUUGUGCUGGAGACGGUGCCGCCCGCGCCGGCCGAGGAGGCCAACGGCACCGAGGGCGUGAAAACGCCCAAAGUGACCUGCGAGGAGAGAAACGGCACCGGGCUGGCGAACGUCACGCUGCAGAUCCUCAACGUUUCUCAGGACCUGAUGGAGUUCCUGAACCCCAACAGCAGCGACUGCACCUUAGUGUUGUUCUACACGCCGUGGUGCCGCUUCUCCGCCAGCCUGGCACCCCACUUUAACUCUUUGCCUCGGGCCUUCCCGACCCUUCGCUUUCUAGCCCUAGAUGCGUCUCAGCAUAGCAGUUUAUCAACCAGAUUUGGAACUGUGGCUGUACCCAAUAUCCUCCUUUUCCAAGGUGCUAAACCUAUGGCUAGAUUUAAUCAUACAGACAGAACCCUGGAAACACUGAAAGACUUCAUUUUUAAUCAAACAGGAAUAGAAGCUAGAAGUGAUGUGACUGUGACCGAGGAAGACUGGGAGGGCCCUUUGCCGAGUGUCCUGACCAAAGGGAUAGACUGGCUGCUUCUCUUUUCUUUACUCUUUCUGGCUAGCUUUGUUAUGUAUGCGACUGUGCGGACUGAGAGCAUCCGGUGGCUAAUCCCAGGGCAAGAGCACGAGCAUCAAGAAUAAUCCAAGGUGCUAAAGCAGUGACGGGWUUUCUUGCUUACUGGUAAAGGAGGAGCUUGUGUGGACUAAAAUUACAUGAGAAUGAACUGGUGAAUUUGUUGAUUGUAAUUUAUAGUCUUGACUGAAAAUCGGCUUUGUUUAUCAACUAYUGAAUCUGUAAAAAGCAAACACAUGAUGGUUAACAUGGUGAGUAAACACAGGGGGAAAAAAAACCCUAAAAUGUAUUUAUUAAGUUGCUCUAACUUGCUUAUUUUUAAUGUAAAUAUGUGAUAAAGUUCUAUUUUGCUCCUAAGAAGCCCCUGAGCUUUGUAGGUUCCUGCAGCAUAUUUGCUUGUAUAUCUGCAUUGCUUGGUGAAGAAGUAGAGAAAAAUUGCUUCCRUUCAGGUGGAAUCGGGGAAUCUUCUUUUACAAAAAUCCACGGUCUCUGCAUAGAUGGCACAGUUUAUACUAUGGCAUUAGGAUGUGUCGACACACGUGAAUCRGUCUCAUUUUCUGACUUAACAAUUUAUUAUUUCAGGAAUACUUAAAAGGGAUAUAUUAGUGAAAGGUGGUGUUAUUAAAUUUGUUAGGAAAAUGAACUACAGAACUAC